GCCACAACACUCCAGGAUUGCCAUCCUUUGCUCCCUUGAAAUCAGCGGUUCACCUGGAAGGAUGUGUCACCCUCUCCUGCCUGGAGGCUCCUAACUUUCGGCGUUUUACCACGACACCUCGGUUGUGCUCGCGACCAUUAUUUCUCGUAGUAAAACGCGCAGCCUCGCCUGUUGCAUCUGCGGGCACCUGAGUGCAGCUGUGCCACCUGCAGCUGACAGCUGCUCCUGUAGGCUACUCGGGGGCGGAGCCGGUCCUGAGGGGCUUAACGGCUUAACGAACUCCCUCUCAAAACUCUUUGCUGUGACGUGGCUCGCACUGGAGACCGAUUGAACAUCUGUUUGCCGGGUUAACAUUAAACAAAAUGGGAUCUGUUGAUACACCCUCCGUAGUGCCUUUAGACAAAUACAAAAAUGAUCCACUUCUCCAAAACCUUGUGGGGAAAUUCAAUGAAUCCUAUGGUGUCCCACCAACAUUUAUCGUUUGUGUCCCAGGAAGGGUGAACCUGAUUGGGGAGCACAUUGAUUAUUGUGGAUAUUCCGUGCUGCCUAUGGCUUUAGAACAACAUAUUUUAAUAGCAGGGAAGGCAACAGACGAUUCUACCAUAAAUCUUAUAAAUAUCAACCCAAAAUAUGCACCUUUCAAAGGAAACAUCAUGAGCUUGAGUUUUAAUACAAAUGAUGAUGGAGUGCAGUGGCACAACUAUGUGUUAUGUGGUAUAAAAGGUGUUGUAGAAUCAUUAAACGAGCAAACACUUCAAGGCAUUAAUUUAGCUGUAGCUGGAAAUGUAUUACCGAACUCUGGUCUAUCAAGUUCUAGUGCAUUAGUGUGCGCUGCAGCGCUUGCCACAGCUCAUGCUCAUAAGAAAACUUUUUCCAAACAAGAAUUAUCCUCCCUCUGUGCUCAGAGUGAGAGGUAUAUUGGAACUGAAGGAGGGGGAAUGGAUCAAGCAAUUGCAUUCCUUGCCAACAAAGGUUGUGCGAAGCAUAUUUCAUUUAAGCCUCUUAGAGCAGAAGACGUGGAAAUUCCUUCUGGAUUAGCAAUACUUGUUGCCCAUUCAUUUGCAGAAUUAAACAAAGCUGCUAGCGAUCAGUUUAAUCAACGAGUGGCAGAAUGCCGUCUGGCCUCUGUUAUUCUUGCCAAAAAGACUGGUCUUCAGAAUUGGAAAGAUUUAACUGUGCUAGCUGAUGUCCAGAGAGAGUUGAAAGUUAGUCUUCCUGAUGCAAUUCUGAAAACUGCUGAAAUUUUGUCAAAGGAUGUAUUUACAAAAGAAGAGAUAUGUGAAAUCUUAGGAGUUGACACCAAUGACUUAGAUAGUUCUUACCUUCCUGUAAACACUCGUUCUAGAAAAUCUUUUAAACUUUGUCAGCGUGCGACACAUGUAUUUGAAGAGGCCUUAAGAGUUUCUCAAUUCAAGGAUAUUUGUAAAAAUGGGGGAAGCUCAAAAGAACUAGGUCAUUUGAUGAACCUCAGUCAUGAUUCACUGCGUGAUCUUUAUGAAUGCAGUCACCCUCAACUUGAUGAGUUAGUUUCUGCAGCUCGGAAAAGUGGGGCACUUGGAGCCAGACUUACAGGUGCUGGAUGGGGUGGAUGUAUGGUUGCUUUGACAACAGAGGAGCAUGCUGAGACAUUAAUCUCAUCUUUGAAGGAAAAAUUUUACUCUACUCUGAUUACAGAGGAUAAGAGAGAUGAACCAUUUAUCUUCCAAACCCUUCCAGGUAAUGGUGCUGUUAUAAUUCAAUGAUCUGAAUUCUGUGUAUUAGGGGCAAAGAUAAUUCUAUUUUUUUCUACAUAAAAAGAUUUUACUGGUA